AUUCUAUCACACUAUGAGCAAGCACACAAGCAAAUCAGAAUCGCAGACAGGUAAAGUUAGUGCCUUCCUUAGAGGACCUCAAAUUUAGGCAGGUGAGAGUGAAAGGAUUCACGAAUCUCAAUGUUCCCGACCAUGUUUCUGAGUCCCAGUUUCCCAUUGUACCGUCGUCCCGUUCGAGGUGGGAAACGGAAAAGCUUUGCCGAUGAGGAUGCAAAUGCAAUUGCUACUGAAGCCGAGAAGAAGAACAAGGGGCUUCUUGAGGAGGUGGAAUCACUUCAAGCUGCAUUGCAGUCAAAGACGAAUGAUGUGAAGAGGGCUCUGCGUUUGGCGGAAGGAUUGCGAUCGGAGCUACAGAGGGUCACAGAAUUGAAACGUAUUGUGGAGGAAAAACUGAAGGCAGAGAUUGAGAGUCAGUCUUCACUUCACCAAGUCAUAAAUGCCAAGGACGAAGAGGUCAAUAAGGGAAGGGGAGGGAGGGAAGAGGUCUGGAAGGGGUGGUGCAGUGAGGAGGAGAGGAGGAAGGGGUGGCCUUCCCAAGCAGCGCCAGGCUGCACGACAGUAACGACGAAACAGCUCGGCGAGCGCAUCGACCAUGUCGUCAAUCUAAUCGGCGAACUAGGUGAUUUCACUAGUCCGGCGACGAUCAGCAGCACGGUGGCCGCCAUCAAGACGGACAUCACCAAACUGCAGACAAGACCGGACGCCGCUACAAAGACAUACAAGAUGCCGCACUUCAACAUCAGCAAGUUUGACGACUACAACAAGACGGACGCCUUGACAUGGUGGCAAAGUUUCCUCAUGGAAGCAUCCUGCCGCACUGUCCCGGUUGAUGACAUGAUGAAGGCGCUCUACCUCCAACUGAUUGGAGGAGCACAGGCAUGGAUGAACCAUCUUGCGGCCAAGAAGAAAUGCACCAUCGCCGAACUCCACAUGCACAUUCCGUGGAAGGAGUUCGAGCAACUGUGGUUCACUCGAUUCAUGGUCCGCAACGUUGUAAAGGCGGCCAUGAACGAGGUCUACACCAGCUCACAAGGAAGCAUGCCAACUCGACACUGGAUGAUCAAGUGGCAGAAGAUAGUGACCACGUCUGAGUUUUCCAAACCAGCGAUCCGAGUUCUUCUCGAGAUCGUGCGCCGGACUACGAACGACACUCGGCAACGAGUACGAUUAUGCCUCAUUCCAGGCUGUUCUGGAUCGUGCGAACCUGUUGCAAGAAUUCGCGACGCCAUAGCUCGGAAUGACGUCGAGGAGAUGGGCCUUGUAUUCUUGCAUGCUCUCCCCUCGCCGGACGGACCAGCCGCGUCACCGCCGGACCCACGCAUUACUCACCUCUUGGACGGGUAUGGAGACGUGUUCGAGGCUCCCACCGGAACGGUUCCGGAUCGGCCCAUACGUCACGGGAUCACUCUCGAGACUGGCGCCGUCCCUCCGCGUGGAUGCAUUUACCGCAUGAGCGAAGAGGAACUCGAGGUGCUUCGCGCACAACUCGACGACCUCCUUGACAAGUGCUGGAUUCGCCCUAGUUGUUCGCCUUACGGUGCCCCUAUUCUCUUCUUCCGGAAGAAGAACAAAGAUCUACGGUUACGCAUCGACUAUCGAAAACUUAACGCACAAACCGUAAAGAACGCCGGCCCUCUCCCUGGGAUCGAUGAUCUCCUUGAGCGGUUAGGCGUCGCGACGUACUUCUCGAAGUUGGACUUGAAGUCGGCUUACCACCAGAUUGAAAUCCAGCCUCAAGAUCGGUACAAAACCACGUUCAAGACGCGGUACAGGCACUUUGAGUGGGUUGUCAUGCCAUUUGGCCUCACCAAUGCCCCCGCGACUUUCCAAGCAGCUAUGACGACUGAGUUUCGCGACUUGCUCGAUCGCAGCGUCCUCAUCUCCCUCGAUGACAUCUUGGUUUAUAGUAGGACGUUGGACAAGCACAUCAUACACCUUCGCGCUGUUUUGGAUUGUUUGCGACUGGCCAAGUACAAAGCGAAUCGCAACAAGUGCGAGUUCGCCAAGCAGGAGCUUGAGUACUUGGGUCACUAUGUCACGCCGAAAGGCAUUCGUCUCUUGGCGGACAAGAUCCAAGCCAUCGUGGAUUGGCYAAAACCCCGUUGCACGACGGAUGUACGCUCUUUCAUGGGUUUGGCUGGAUAUUAUCAGCGAUUCGUCGAGUCAUACUCGAAAGUGGCCGCUCCCUUGUCGAGACUUCAGUCCCCGAAGGUCAUGGAUGAGCUGGUAACUCUGCGUCGAACGAGGAAUACAUUACUGGGUCGCGGGUUGAAGCGCGAUCGUCACACCCAGAUUCUGUAUAAGAGGGUUUCUGCACUCGAUGCGAGACUGAAGGCUGAGGAAAAGCUUCGGUUUCGGAGGACGUCCCUUGCUGGUAGGUCUUGGAACUGGCAUUUCUUUGUGAUCCACAAUGUCAUUGAUGUCGACUUCUCCAUCCAUGGUUGGGGGCAGCAUUGAGCGGCGAGUGAGAAACUGGUCAGUUUCUUUGAAUGGUGCAAGCUUAGAGG